AAAUUAACAAUUUUUCAUAGUUAAGAGAUCAAAACGAGCAAAUAUAAAGUCCAGGGGCCGGUUAAUCUAAAUACGUAUAGUUAAAGGACCUCAACGACAUUGUUCCACCAUUAUCGUGUCUGUGACAAACCCAGCGGCUCUUCCUGCUCUCUUUUCAGUUUUCAUGCUCCGACACCUCUGUUAUCUUCUCCGGUUGUUGCUUCACCAAAACUAAACUAAGCAUCAAAAUUCAUAAUCAUUUUCCGGGUUUUAUUAUGCACACCACAUGUUUGAUAAAUAGCCUCAAUCAAAUGACAUUAUUUUCUGUCUCUACCACCUCUAUCAAAUGCUACCCUUUACUCCCCCACUCUCAUCACCAACACCAUUCUUUCAAUUUUUUACAGAAACCCAUAUCCAAUUCAACUCUAUGUUUAGCUUCAACACAGCAACAAUCGGCAACUUCUCUACUCCCUUCCAAUUUUACUCCAGCUCAGCUUCUCGACACUCUCCGUCGCCAAAAUGAUGAAACUGCAGCUCUUCGGUUGCUUAAUUGGGCAUCUAAGCAUCCCAAUUUUAUACCCAAUUCGUCCAUUUACGAAGAAAUUCUGCGUAAACUUGGUAAAGUUGGUUCUUUUAAUUCAAUGAAGGAUAUUUUGGAGGAAAUGAAGGCUCUUAGGUGUGAGGUUGAUAGGGGUAUUUUGUUAGUUUUUAUUGAUAGUUAUGCGAAGUUUGAUUUAUAUGAUGAAAUUCUUGGCAUUGUUGAAUUGAUGGAAGUUGAAUUCGGGUUGUUGUUAGACACUUUUUUGUAUAAUUUCUUGUUGAAUGUGCUUGUUGAUGGUAAUAAGUUGAAGUUAGUUGAAACUGCGCAUUCUGAUAUGGUUAGUAAAGGGAUUAAGCCGGAUGUUUCGACUUUUAAUAUAUUGAUUAAAGCUUUGUGUAAAGCUCAUCAAAUUAGGCCAGCUAGUUUAAUGAUGGAGGAGAUGUCCAGUUAUGGUUUGUCACCAGAUGAGAAGACGUUUACUACUAUAAUGCAGGGUUUUAUUGAGGAAGGGAAUAUGGAUGGUGCACUUCGAGUAAAAGAGCAAAUGGUGCGCGCUGGGUGUCCUGCGACUAAUGUGACUGUGAAUGUCUUGGUUCAUGGGUUUUGUAAAGAGGGGAGAGUUGAGGAAGCAUUGAGCUUUAUUGAUGAGAUGUCGAACGAAGGCUUCUUUCCUGAUAAGUUUACUUUUAAUACUGUGGUUAAUGGGCUGUGUAAGGCUGGACAUGUUAAGCAUGCUGUCGAAGUUAUGGAUAUGAUGCUUCAAGAAGGGUUUGAUCCAGAUGUAUAUACAUUUAACUGUUUGAUUUCUGGAUUGUGUAAAUUGGGUGAAGUUGAUGAAGCAGUGGAGAUUCUUGAUCAGAUGAUUUCGAGGGAUUGUUCACCAAACACUGUUACUUAUAACACGCUGAUAAGUAGUUUGUGCAAGGAGAAUCAAGUUGAAGAGGCUACUAAACUUACUCGUGUUUUGACUAGCAAGGGGAUUUUACCUGAUGUUUGUACAUUUAACUCCCUUAUACAAGGUCUGUGCUUAACAAGAAAUCAUGGCAUGGCACUGGAACUGUACGACGAGAUGAAACUUAAAGGGUUAAAACCUGAUGAGUUUACCUUCAAUAUGUUGAUCGACAGCUUUUGUUGCAGAGGGAAACUACAGGAAGCUCUGAGCUUGCUUAAAGAAAUGGAGUUAAGUGGCUGUGCUCGAAAUGUGAUAACAUACAAUACGUUAAUCGAUGGGUUUUGCAAAAACAGGAAGAUUGAAGAAGCAGAAGAGAUAUUUGACCAGAUGGAAGUUCAGGGAGUUUCGAGAAAUUCAGUAACUUACAAUACUCUGAUAGAUGGUCUUUGUAAGAGCAGAAGGGUGGAGGAAGCGGCUCAACUAAUGGAUCAGAUGAUAAUGGAAGAGCUGAAGCCUGACAAAUUCACUUACAAUUCUAUGCUUACCUACUUCUGCAGCGAGGGAGAUAUUAAGAAAGCGGCAGACAUUGUCCAAACCAUGGCUUCCAAUGGCUGUGAACCAGACAUUGUGACUUAUGGAACCCUGAUUAGGGGUCUGUGUAAGGCGGGUAGAGUGGAGGUAGCUAGUAAGCUCCUCAGAUCCAUCCAAAUGAAAGGCCUGGUUCCGACUCCGCACGCGUUUAACCCCAUAAUUCAAGCACUCUUCAAACGGAAAAGAGACAAGGAAGCUGUGAGGCUUUUUAGAGAAAUGGAGGAGAAGGGUAUUUCUCCAGAUGCAGUAACAUACAAGAUUGUUUUCCGUGGGAUGACCAACUCUGGAGGACCAAUAGGGGAAGCUGUUGAUUUUGUGAUUGAGAUGACAGAAAAAGGGUUUUUACCAGAAUUUUCGUCGUUCUAUAUGCUGGCUGAGGGACUUUCUUCUUUAUCUAUGGAAGAGACAUUAAUCAAGCUUGUUGACAUAGUCAUGGAGAAAGCAAAGUUCUCACAAAAUCAAGUUGCCAUGAUAAGGGGUUUUCUCAAAAUUCGCAAGUUCCAAGAUGCCUUGGCGACCUUGGGAGGUCUGCUCGACAACCAAAUGUCUAAGAGAUCUUACAGAUGAAGAGAGUUAUAGCACGGCAACCAGUUCAAAUGGUGAGGAGAACUGAGGUGGACAUUGUUUCGAUAGCUUCAGCUUCUGUUCAAUUAGUGAUGCAGGUAUUCCUUCAUUAGCCCCAGCUCAUGUUUAGUAAAAUUGUACUAUAUUAAUAUACUAGAUGAUCCUACGUUUGAUUUACUAAGUUUUGGAGGGAAUUAGGAUUGAAAUGAAAAUGAUUGUUAGUAUUUCUGUUUGGUUGGAAAAGAUUAUAUGAGAAUGAGAUCUCCCUAUCAAUGGAUAUCAGCCAUUCCCAUUGUUUA